GGCCCGGUUCAGUUGCAGAGAGACGCUCGUUCGGUGUAAAUGGCAGUGAUCGAGUAGGAGAGCGCGUGUUGUUUUCCGUCGGUGUGGCGUCUAACCUAACCUUACACCAUCAUCAACAUCAUCAUCAUCAAAUUCAACGACAGAGGACAGAUAGAGACAGAAAGUUUGUACUACUACUAUUACUACUACUAUCCUGUGCCAGGUGCCUCCGUAGUGCACAAAACUUCACACAAUCAUGGCUGUGUUCGGACUGGUCUCUUCGGUGGCCGGCUUCAUCAAAGUGCGGUAUCUGAUCGACAAAGCGAUCAUCGAUAAUAUGGUCUUCCGGUGUCACUAUCGGUUAACCAGUGCAGUGCUGUUCUUGUGCUGCGUACUCGUAACGGCAAACAAUCUGAUCGGCGAUCCAAUUUCCUGCAUCAACGAUGGUGCCAUACCCGGCCAUGUGAUCAACACGUAUUGCUGGAUCACGUACACUUUCACGCUACCGGGUCAACAUGGACGCUCGGUUGGAACAUCGGUGGCGCACUCCGGCCUAGGGAACGAAUACAAUCAGGAGCGGACGUAUCACAGCUACUAUCAGUGGGUGCCAUUCAUGUUGUUCUUCCAGGGUAUGUUGUUCUAUACGCCGCACUGGAUCUGGAAGAACUGGGAGGAUGGUAAAAUGCGCAUGAUCUCCGAUGGACUACGCGGUAACAUGACACUGAGCAUGGAGGAACGCAGGGGACGCCAAUCGCGGUUGGUUCGGUAUCUUUGCGAUAGCAAGACAACCCACAAUGCCUAUUCCUUUGGCUAUUUUUUCUGCGAGGCACUAAAUUUCAUCAACGUUGUUGGCAACAUUUUCUUCGUAGACAAAUUUCUCGGCGGUGCUUUUCUGACCUAUGGUUCGGACGUGCUGAAGUUUAGCGACUUAGACCAGGAGAACCGCUCCGACCCCAUGAUUGAGAUUUUCCCGCGCGUCACCAAGUGUACCUUUCACAAGUACGGAGCGUCCGGCAGUAUCCAGAAGCACGAUGCUCUUUGCGUCCUGGCCCUAAACAUCCUCAAUGAAAAAAUCUACAUCUUCUUGUGGUUCUGGUUCAUCAUUUUGGCCGUUCUCUCGGGGCUGGCCAUUUUGUACUCGGCCGCCAUCGUGAUGAUGCCAACGACUCGCGAGGUAGUGCUGAAGAGUCGUUUCCGUGCGGCGCAAGAUAAACAACAGAUCGAGUCGCUGAUCCGCCGGGUUCAGAUCGGCGAUUUCCUGAUGAUACAUCUGCUGGGCCAAAACAUCAACGUAACGUCAUUCGGCGAGGUGUUGCAGUCGCUCAUAUCGCAGCUGAACGAAACAAGACACGUCGACACACCGUCGGCUCCUUCAACGCUCGAAAUGGCACCCAUUUAUCCGGAAAUUGGAAAAUAUGACAAGGAGAAGGAGUCGCUGCAUCAGGAAUACGAAGCAUAAGGGAACUAUUGAGCUGUGUGUAUUAGACAGGGAAGCGCAACACUAGAGGAGAGAACUUUGUGCGAAUGGGAGCGUGAUCGCGAGAAUGACAGACUGUUUUUAUAUAUCAAACCAUACGUGUGAAUGUGUGUAAGCCGUCAGAAACAUUCCCACUCCAACAGAGAUCCGCUCUAGACGGGACGGAUCGUCGAAGGACAAAACGAACCGGGUUGCAUGUGUGUCAAAGUCUGAAGUCGCGUCCGAGCUUGUCUCGGAUUGAAGCAAUGUGCGUUUUAUAAGGGAGUCGAUUUUUUCUCGGCUCCGGCUUUAGGAUGAGAAAAGCUAUACUUUUAAUCUUCGUAGAAUCGUUUUAGGUAAAUAGUUCAACAAUUUGCACAAACUCUCCGAGUAGAAAACGGAACUUCACUGGCAAAAAGAAAAUCAAACACCCGUCGAGGAGCAAAAUAUUUGCAAAUGAGAAGACUGUCUCUUUUGAAUGUAAACAAAUUUUAAAUGUAAACAAUAACGUAAAACAGGAGAAAGUGAACCAACCUGCGAAACUGCUUUAGACAUAUUAGCUUAUUUUUUGGGUCAAAAUUAUUGUUUCUAGAAUUUACAAGUGUCAAAAAAAACAUAGUAUUAAAAGAAGCCGAUCCUAUUCGUGAUAGUAAACGUUAAUAUUAGAGAGACAAUCGCCGAAGAACUAGGAACGUGCGCGCCACCCGAGGAUAACUACAUAUUUCAAACAGAUUGCCAUACAAAACAGAAAAGUUAACAUGCUUACAACAUGCACACGUAAACAGACUCAUUCAAUCGAAUCAAUUAAAUCGGCUGCAGGAAAAACACAGGAACAAUAACUUGCAACAAGACAAUCAUAGGUACUAGUGCUCAAAAAUCGUCACAUUUAUCAAGCAACAAUUUUUGCAUGUUUUUGAAACAAACUUGAAACAAACAAACAAACUCCACACGCGAAUCGAUACACUCCCUCUUAUAUUUAGUAGAUAGAACAAUUCCAGGAGAAAACUCGAUUUAUUUUACAAUUUUUCUAUAAGAGCUGCCUUAGCAAGUGGAUUAAACAAGAAUGUAAUAACUAUCGAAUAUAUAUAUUUGUAGCAAACAAACUCUCAUCUCAUUAGAAACUAACGAAAGUCUAGUAAGAAAGCAUUUUUUCGUCAGAAUCUUUUAGUUUUUUUUUAACUUGCUCUAGAAUAGUUAGCCGAGUCUUCGUCCGUUUUGUAGUUAACGGGCAGGCAGGCAGCGGUAAUAAUUGUCGACGUCGAGAAGUAGAAAGCCCGAAAAAGACAGCAUUUCGAAAAGACAGCUUAGACAUACAAAACUGCGCAACGUUAACAGAGGGCGAUCUUAGAUGAUUAGUUUUUGCAAUAGAUACUUUUACGCCAUUCAUAUCAAUCCACUGGUUCAGAGAGAAAACGAGAGACCGCAGAGAAAUACUACACUACUUUUUGUCAAACUUGCAAGAUGCAGAAAGAAAUUUUAUUGUGAUAAGAUACAAGCGUAGACAAAAUAAAACGUUUUAUAAGAAAUCAAACGGUGGGAGUGUAUUUUUUUGUAGCUUAAAAAAACUAACAGACGUUUGAUGUUUGUACGAGCCACGUUUGGGUUCUGAGUUCCAAAAUGGAUUUGAGGCCUAACUAAUAUGAGAUUAGCAGGAAAAAAAGUAAAAAUCUGAAU